AUGGGCGACUGCUCGUUCCAUGCAGAGACGCCUUCAACAACUCCCGCCUCAAAAAUACAACAACAAUCACCGCCUCAACAACAAAGUGCAAAAAAUGAUCCGAGUUUAUCGAAAAUCCCAUUAAAUUCAGCAUCAACCACCAAAGACGAUGAUGGAGUAAUGGUGACUGAUGAUGAUGAUGAUUUAGUUUUUGAUGAAGAGGAAUUUGAAAAUUCUGAAUCUGAAAUAUUUGAGAACAAUGUUCAAUCGUCCAAGCAACAAUCAGCUGAUUUUAAAAUUGCUCAAGUACCAGUAGUUUUUACUGGUAAUCUUUGGGAAGCUUAUCCUUGUGAAGCAUUAAUGAUUGCUGCUCUAUUAGGAUAUUUAAUUAAUUUUCUUAUUGGUCGUACAAAAAAUUCAAAUUUAGCAACUGUAUUUUAUAAUACGCAACGAAAUUUAUUAGAAAAAAAUUUUACUGUCGUUGGUGAUAAUGGUCAAACAAAAGAUUUAAAUAAAACGAGUACAAAUAAUUUAACAGACGAACAAAGUAGUAACAACAGUUUAGUUAAAGAAUCAGAAAAUUUAUAUGUAUUAUGGUGUUCGGGUCGAAUUUAUAUUGAAAGUAUGCUUGUUGAACUACGAUUUAUUAAACGACAAUGUUUAUUUAAUUUAAUGGCAUCUGUAAUUAAAUCAGUCAACGAUACCGUUGUUUAUACAAUUGAUUAUAGUAAAGAUGAUAUCGAUACAUUUGUAUUUUGUUUAGCACGUAAAAGAUGUGCUGCCAAAUUACAUAGAGAUAUGAAUGAUUUAAGUCAAUUUUGUUCAGAACGUAAAAGUGCCGAUAAACGAGGAUUAGGUGCAAAUUAUCAAUUGUUAAAUGAAAUUGGAGAAGUAGCAACUACUCUAAUUGAUUCACAUGUGACAAAUUUUAUUGACCGAUUUCCUGAAGCACUUGAAUAUAUUCACGUUAGUGACCAAUAUACCGGUACAAAAAAUGCCGAUCAACAACAACCUCCUUCAACGACAAAUACUUCUGCUCAACCAUCGACAACAACCACAGCCGGCUCUACAUCUCAACAACAAGAUGCAUUAAAUACAAGUGAACGUUCUGUACGUCGUGUUCUAACUGUUGCAUUUAAUAUUAAAACAAAAAAAGAUCAAUCAAUCGUUAUUAAUACAGAAAAUACCAUUGAUUAUUUACGUCUCGUAUUACAUUUAAUUGAACGUAUACAUAUCUCACAUUUUUCAUUGAGUAAAGAAUCAAAACUCAAAGCAAAUAAAAAUCGUCAACGAGUAGAAGAACAAUUUUUAAAAUCUGUUUAUCAACAACGUCAAGAACAAGCACAACAACGACGAGAAGAAAAACGUCGACAAGAAAAAGAGAAAAUAAUGCAAGAUAAUGACCCUGAAAAACAACGAAAAUGGGAAGAAAAAGAACAUAAACGUGAAAUGAAACGAAAACAGCCAAAAAUGAAACAAAUGAAAACUUAUUCAGACAGUCUCAUGGCUUUUCUUCCUGGUACACAUCGAUUUCUUGAUCCAAAAUGUAAUCAGGUAUUAGAUGAUUUUUAUGAUUGUGUGGAAAAUAAAAGUCGUUUAAUGGGAAACUGUGAUAAUUUAUUAAUAAAAAUGUAUAAAUGUAAAAAAGAAGAUUUAGAAGCGCAUCGUCAAAUGAAUCGUGCUCAAACAGAAAAACAUCGACGCGAACAAGCUAUUGCGAGAGAUGGAAUUAUACAAGAAAAAUUAAAAAUAUUAAAUCGUUUAAAAGAUAGAAAAGCGGAAGAAGAAAAACAAAAAGGCAAUAAUACAUAA